GCGGAGCGAAGGUGCCAAAUAGUGCGGAAUAUUAUGGGAUGGCAAUGGUGGGCGCGUGAUUUUGAACAAAAAGUUGAACUAAACCUUAUGGGUUGACGAUACAAUACAGUCCCAUACGGUUCCUUUAAUUCCAUGAAUGGAUGAAAAAAACAAUUACAGGGACUGAAUUAUGACCUAAUAUCAAAAGCUAUAGAUGAGUUCACAAGACGGAAAUCAUGACGGUGCCCAGACUACCGUUGUGGAAUCUGCUCAAUCGGACAUGUUUGAGAGCGCUGCUUUAACAACUCUAACAGCCUCUACGUCAGCAGCAUCCCAGUCUCCUGCUGCUGUGGUUGCUCAAGGAGCAGCAACCAUCAUGGCCUCUGGGCCUGAUCCUCUUAGUUUUUUGACUGUCCAAAACCAAAAUGGCCAGGUGAUCAUUCAACAGCCUCGAAAACCUCCUGGCAAUGGUCCAACGUUUGUCAGCAAUGGCACCACCAUCCCCAAAGGCCAUAUUGUGGUGAAGCAGAAACCGGCAGUUGUACCCAAUCAGCAGAUUGUCCCUUCGUCUGUAUCGUCUUCUUCAUCAUCAUUGCUCACAGAAGUGACGUUGGAUAAAGCUGGUAUCAAGAGACCGCUGACAAGCUCCAGCAGUAAUGUGAUUACAAAAGUAAUCAUCACCAAAAACCCUCUCUCGGGACAACCCCAGCCAUUUCCGGCUGGGUCUACUCCUCAAACGUUCACUUUGACUUCUGUACCAAGCUCUAGUGCUGCUGGGAAUAAUGCUAGUUCUGGAAGUCAGCUUCAGGGCAACUCUGCCAGUGGUCAGCAGGGAACACCCACAAAAACAGUUACCAUAACUUCGCAAGGUAUCUUGUCACCAGUAAAAACUGUGAUUGCAACCAUUCCUGGUGCUGGUACAAAAAUAAAUGUCCCAUAUCAUAAAAUCCCAAUAUCACCUGCAAAGACACCAACAAAAAUUACAAUGAUACCUGUGUCAAGAUCUCCCAAUAAAUCAGCGUUGAAUUCUUCAAGUAUUACAGUGCUGUCACGGGCACUGAACUCUUUAGCUCAAUCAGGAAAUGUUGCAAUAAAGCCUGGGUCACCUUCCAAGGUCAUUAUAAAGCAAGGGCCUGCACCCACAGGCUCAGCCAUAACCCUCAAAGCACAGCCAGGGCCAGUGGUGGCGCCACAGUCUGUACAGCCGUCACGAGCCCCUCAGGUGGUUGCCAACCCAAGAGCACCCCAAGUGGCAGCAAAUGUACGGCCUAUGUCCAUCAGUAAUGCAGCCUCAGUGCAGCAGAUUCAGGUCCCUGGGAGUCGCUUUCAUUAUGUGCGCCUGGUGUCACCUGCAAGCCAGUCUCUAACCACCACUGUUACAGUGGCCAAGCCGACAAUGUCAGUGUCCCAGGUCGUCCAAGCACCUAGGACGAUGGCUCCCAUCACCGUCUCGUCCACAGCAAUUCGUCCACAUCCAAAUCAAGUGAAGAUUACAUUGCCAGUUAACCAGAACACUCCUUUGGCUCCAAAGCCGACGGUCGUCCCAGUGGCAACAAGUGGCCAAAGUGUGCAUCGUGUGAUCCUCCCUGCUACUUCUGCACCUGCGACAACACAAGCCAGUGUGGUGACCACCCUGGCCCCCAUCCAACCGGCACCCUCUACCACCAUUGCUUCGGUGGGACAGCUGCCUCCCGGCACAGCCAUACUGUCAGCUGGCAACAGCAAUAUACAAGGACUUCAAGGCUUUGCACUGGUGCCAGCUUCCUAUGUCACACAGCUACAGCAACAGCUGUCCAAGCCACAAACAGCCCAGGCCACUAUUCAACAAACCCAAAGGCAGCAAAGGGACUAUGUGCCCAUCGCUAGUAUCGACCCAGCCAUCACACAGUACACAGUGUCCAGGAAUACGCCCAGUCAGAAUGGACCUACUCUGGAAGCGACGGGUGCCCGACCGAGGAAACCAUGCAACUGCACAAAGUCUCAGUGCUUGAAGCUAUAUUGUGACUGUUUUGCAAAUGGUGAAUUUUGUCAGAACUGCAAUUGCACAAAUUGUGCUAACAAUUUAGAACAUGAAGAAGAAAGGUCAAAAGCCAUUAAGUCAUGUUUGGACAGAAAUCCUCAAGCUUUUCAUCCCAAAAUAGGCAAAGCGAAAGACACCGAAGGAAAUAGGCGGCACAACAAGGGAUGCAACUGCAAGAGGUCAGGCUGCCUGAAGAACUACUGUGAAUGUUAUGAGGCAAAGAUCAUGUGCUCCAACUUUUGCAAAUGCUUCGGGUGUAAGAACUUUGAGGAGAGCCCCGAGCGCAAGACGCUGAUGCACCUAGCAGAUGCUGCAGAAGUGAGAGUGCAGCAGCAGACAGCGGCCAAGACGAAACUCUCCUCCCAGAUAUCUUGCGUGCCAUCGAGACCUCCAGCAGCCACUGCGACCGGGGAACGGUUACCAUUUGCCCUGAUCACGUCUGAUGUGGCCGAAGCAACGUCUGCGUGCCUGCUGGCCCAAGCUGAAGAAGCCGAGAGGAUGAAGAUGCCGCCUGUCGUGCAGGAGAGAAUGAUCAUUGAGGAGUUUGGCAGAUGUUUGAUGCAGAUUAUUGAGUCGGCAAACAGAACAAGAACUGCCAACUCUGUUGCCUGAAGGGGUGUUCAGACAUGUAAGAAAAAGUAAGAUGUCAACAAUAGUCGGGUUGUCUUUCAUGACUGGAGACCUGAGUGAAGUGAGACCUUAGACAUGGCCAUUAUUCAUCUCAGUGAUCCAGUCUUUGGGAGAAGCAGUUGG